AUGUCUACUUCAACUUUUCUGCUCGCAUUCAGAAGAUUUCUCUCUAGAAGAGGUGGUUGUCAUACAAUCUACUCCGACAACGCCAAGACUUUUAAAUGUACCGAUAAAGAGCUUCAUAGACUAUUUGAUAUUUUGGAAAAUUCAGAAUUUAAAAACUUUCUUGCUGCUAAAAGAAUAUCCUGGAAAUUCAUCGUCCAACUUGCCCCUUGGUGGGGAGGAUUUUAUGAAAGAUUGGUAAAAAGUGUCAAAGAGCCUCUAAAGAAAAUACUUCGAAAAGCUCUUUUAAAUUUUGAAGAGAUGACCACUAUAUUGACUAAAAUCGAAACCAUCGUUAAUCUUCGACCCUUGUCCUACGUCACUGACGAAAUUGGUGAACCGGAAAUUCUUACCCCAUCACAAUUUUUAACCCCUGGUAAAGAAAAGGCAGAGUAUCCAGCCCAUUUCAUAGAAACCAUCCAUAGAGAAUCCACCAAAAAGAUUCUUAUAAAAAGAAAAGAAUACCAAGCUACAUUAUUGGCUAAUUUAUGGAAGCGCUGGGGGGAGCGCUAUUUGUUUAAUUUGAGAUCUGCAUACAAUUUUACUUCUCCUAACCUAACAAAAUGUUUGAAAGUGGGAGAUGUGGUUUUGAUGAAGGGCACCACAAAAUCAAAACUAUUAUGGGACAUAGGUAUUAUAACAAAAGUAUUUCAAGGGCGUGAUGGACUUGUAAGAUCUUGCCUUAUUCGCAAAUUCAACGGCGAAUAUAAACGCCCAGUACAACUUAUUUAUCCUUUAGAACUCAAUGACUGA